AGCUGCUAUAAAAGGCUGAGCAGCUGAGGCUCAGUCGUAGGUUGCUUUCCCGUUAGCUUCGUUAGCAUCGUUAGCAUGGUUAGCAUCAUGUGUCUCCGAGGUCUCCUGCUGGUAUCCGGGCUGUUUCUGAGCAGCUGGGCUCUGACUCCUGAAGAAUGCCAGCCCUUGGUGAUGCCUCUUUCUCUGGCUGACCCCUCCAUGAUGUACAACAGGUCCCACUUCCUGGUGGGUUACUCAGAUAGUGCAGCGUUUGGCGCCAUCCUGAAGCAGAUGGAGAGCUCCUGGUGGAACAUCAGCCCGUCUCCGUCCGACCCCAAGAGGAUCGUUUUAGUCCACGAGGACAAACUGAAUGGUGUCUGCAUGUCAACAACCGCCAACGUAACUAUUGAGAGCGACACAGCCUCAGCGUCAGUUGGGAACGUCUUCUCCACCACCUUCCACCUGCUGCCGGGCUGUGAUGGAUGUCUGGUCCUCAGCAUGAACACCACGGUCAAAGACAUGGACGCCGUGGUCAAGCUGCUGAAGCUCAACAUCACGGUGACAGCGGAGGAGGUCAACCUGCGCUGCGUCUAUCUGUUAGGCAGAGAGGCGACCUUGAAGGACUCAGACUUUGAAGAUUUCAAGAAGCAGGCGAGCUGCCUCGGGUUCUCCGGAGAACCACAGUUCAUCUACGACUCCAAGAACGGAUUCUGCGCUGAAGGCGAGAGCGUUAAGAUUGAACUGAAUUUCGACGGUGAUGAAUAAGUGAAGAUGAGGAAUUAAAGAGAAGUGACUCAAAACAUCAAA